AUGGUUGAGGAACAGAGUAAAAGUAGUACUAGUAGUAAUCCUAGUGAUGGAACUACUAAGGUAGAAAAGGUAUUGGAGGAGUUUAUCCGUAAUGAUGACAAGAAUGGUUUUGUGUCUUUCAUCCGGAGCUUUUCGGAGGAUGGCAGUUUCAGCCAUACUGAAAAUAUGCCUCCUUUGGAUGAAAUAAUGAUGUGGAUUUGUUGUCAUUCUGCGGAGGGUUGUGCCACUUCACUCCUGGAAGGAGAGACUGGACUCCCUGCUGUUGUUGUUGAUGAUCUUAUCAAUGUUCCACUUCCAGAUGGAUUAUACCCUUUGCACCAUGCUGCUCGCAACUUACGCUCUCGCCUUACAGAUUUGUGUUUCUGCGCCAUGGUGCUCGCACUGAUCUGCCUUGUGGUGUUAAACUAA